UAUUAUAUUAAUUAUUUAGCAUUUUGACGCAGUGCGUUAAGGUUGCUAUGGCAGCUGACAGUUUGUUAAACCUCUAGCUGAUAAAUUUACGCUACGACAGCACAAUAAAAUUAUUUGUCCAACAAUUGCACAAAAAUUAAUUAAAUAAAUUUUAGUUGCGUAAUUAAUUUAAUUUUAAUAAUGGUAAAUCAGCGACAAUUUUGGGCUGAAAUUCAUAAAAAUAAUCCAAAGUAUAAAAAAAAACCCCGAGUUGUUCCAGCGUUUACAAUUCAAGCUCUUCAGGAAAACACAAUUGUAGCAAAACCUCCCAAGUUCGGUCUCUACAAACCAAAUCCGCCAAAACCGUCAAAGUUCCGUAAAUUUUACGAACGCGGUUUGUUUCCAAUUUCAAUAGAAAAUGACUCUUCAUCAAUAACCUGGAAAGUAAACAUAGAAGAGCUGGAUUUUCAUCACUACUUGCCGAUGUUCUUCGACGGGUUGACUGAAACCGAGCACCCGUACAAAUUUUUAGUCGAACAGGGAAUCUCGGACAUGCUGGAGCACGGUGGUCCCAAAAUAUUACCGGUCGUGCCACAAUUAAUUAUACCAAUUAAAAAUGCUUUGAAUACCAAAGUUCCGGAAAUUAUUUGCACGACAAUGAGAGCUUUGCAGCGGCUGGUCAGAUCUGCUGAUUGUGUUGGCGAAUCUUUGGUUCCUUACUUCAGACAAAUUCUUCCAAUUCCUAAUUUACUCAAGGAUAGAAAUGUGAAUCUUGGAGAAGGUAUUGAUUACUCUCAGCAACGUGGGGAAAAUCCAGCGGAUUUGAUUCAAGAAACUUUAGAAGUAUUGGAGAGAUAUGGUGGCGAAGAUGCAUUUAUAAAUAUUAAAUAUAUGGUACCUACUUAUGAAUCUUGUAUGAUGAAUUAAUUUUUUAUUAAUUGUACGGUGUACAAAAAAAUUAAAUUAUUCAUUAAUUUAA